GAAUUUCGUCAGAGUAAUUUCUUAUAGUUGUCGUUAUCAAUCGUUCACUUUCUCAGCGUUAAAUUCUCUCCUUGUUAUUCUCUAGCUCCACUAGCUAUGUCGUCGACCGUUGAAGGUGAGGCCGCGACCGUUGCGGUUGAGCAGCCGCCGGCUGAGGCUCAGGUAGCGAAGUCCGAGCAGCCUGGGAAACCUGCGAAGGUUCCGAAGGAGAAGAAACCGAAGGCCACCAAGGCUUCUCAUCCCGCUCAUCCUCCUUACUUCCAGAUGAUCAAGGAAGCAUUGUUGGCUCUGCACGAAAAGAGUGGUUCGAGUCCUUACGCUAUUGCCAAACACAUGGAGGAGAAACACAAAGCUGUUCUGCCUGCGAACUUUAGGAAAAUAUUGGCGCUGCAAUUGAAGAAUUGUGUCGUCAAGGGGAAACUGAUCAAAAUCAAGGCCUCGUUCAAGCUUUCUGAAUCUGGCAAGAAGGAAAAUGCUCAGAAGGCCUUUAAGGGUGCGAAAGUUGCUACUGGAAAGAAACCCGCACAACCCAAAGCCGCCGCUGCCGCUCGCAAGGGAAAACCCGUCAAGAAGCCUGCAACUCCCAAGAAGGCAACCAAAACAGUAAAGAAGGUUGGACCCAAGAAGGCAAAGAAAGCAACUCCGGCAAAGCCUAAGCAACCCAAAUCCAUCAAGUCUCCUGCCGCAAAGAAAUCUAGGAAGGCCACUGCUUGAAUGGACAAGAUAGAAAACAAUACUCCUAUUCCCUUCUUAGUUAUGUACAGAAAUGGAUAAGUAGCAAAAAAAUCUCUCUUUUUGAUGGAGGUCUGGUGGGUUCGGUUUGUUUGCAGAGUUUUGAACGUAAUAGCUUGUAUACUGCAAUGGAAAUUAAUUAGGAGUACUGAAUAUAAAUUUCCAACGUUUUCUGUACUUUCCUUUUUCAUUUCGAAAGCUUUGGUCUCACUAGGCUGAGAAAUAAAUUUGAGAGGGUUCUUUA